GUAUUUCCAUACAAUCUACCUGGGCGUUCGGAGUCGUCAGAGUGCUGAGACAGACCGCUGGCGUUACUACUGGAGGAUGGUCUAUGAGUUUGCAGAUGUGAGCAUGCUGCAUCUAUUGGCCACCUUUCUGGAGAGCGCGCCACAACUGGUGCUGCAGCUGUGCAUCAUCAUACAGACACACAAGCUCCAGGCUGUACAAGGUAUGACAGCGGCAGCCUCCCUUGUGUCUCUGGCCUGGGCGCUGGCUUCCUACCAGAAGGCCCUGCGAGAGUCUCGGGAUGACAAGAAGCCGAUCAGCUACCUGGCUGUGAUCAUCCAGUUCUGCUGGCAUUUCUUCACUAUCGCCGCAAGGGUCAUCACCUUUGCCCUGUUUGCCUCUGUGUUCCAACUCUACUUUGGCAUCUUCAUUGUCCUGCACUGGUGCAUCAUGACCUUCUGGAUUGUCCACUGUGAGACAGACUUCUGCAUCAGCAAGUGGGAGGAAAUUGUGUUUGACAUGGUGGUGGGCAUAAUCUAUAUCUUUUCCUGGUUCAACGUCAAGGAGGGUCGGACAAGGUGUCGGCUUUUCAUCUAUUACCUGGUGAUCCUGGUGGAGAAUGCUGCACUCAGUGCGUUGUGGUAUCUCUACCGGUCGCCUCAUACCACUGACGCCUUUGCAGUUCCAGCACUCUGCGUCAUCUUCAGCAGUUUCCUCACUGGCGUGGUUUUCAUGCUCAUGUACUAUGCCUUUUUCCAUCCCAACGGGCCACGCUUUGGACGAUCGCCGAGCGGCCAGGGUCUGGACCUAGACCCCACUGCUCAGUUCUCCACACUACCAUCUGAAGGUGCCACCAACUCACUGCGCUCCAACCGAGGUGGCGCCACAACCCUGGAGCGUGACGUGGGGAAGUAUUCUGAGCGGGAUGGUUGCAUGCCGGUGUUUCAGGUCCGACCCACAGUGCCAUCUACACCAUCGUCUCGUGCCCCACGCCUGGAAGAGACAGUCAUCAAGAUCGACCUCUGCAGGAACCGCUACCCAGCCUGGGAGCGCCAUGUCCUCGACCGUAGUAUACGCAAGGCAAUCCUGGCCAUAGAUUGCUCCCUGACUCCUCCACGGCUGCAGUACAAAGAUGAUGCUCUGGUGCAGGAGAGGUUGGAAUAUGAGACCACGUUAUAGUUCCACCUGCUCUAAGAACCCAUACAGGGGUGCGGUCAUCAGAUGAUUAUCCUGCUAUCACAUGAACAGCAACAAGGACUGUGGCAAUAAGUAUUUGUUACUACCAACAGUCUCAUUUUUAAUCCCUCACUCCCCCUUUUUUUCUGUUCCUCGGCAUCAGCGCCCACCCAGGAGCAUUCAGCCAUUGGCAGUAAUGGGAGGAACAUCUUGGCAAGUGCAGUUGAUGUCGCUGGAAGUGUUUGGGGUCUUUGCAGGGUUGUUGCAGUUAUUUUUACUUCCACUUAUUAGGCAAAUCCUGUCUGGUAUGAACUAAAUGCGAAUCAAAAGAAUGCUUGGACACUCUGCCCAGAUCCUACUAGACACUGAUGCACUGUUUGGUUAAGGUUGGAAACGUUAAGGAUAAAAUAAGCAUGUACAUCCAGACAAGUUAUCAGAUAUUCCACUUUAACCUAAAUGACACCUGAAUUUCACAGAAAUCCUUCUAAUUUUUGAAAGAAAAUUAUCCAUCACUUCAAACUUUAAACUGUUUAUAUGUCUUAAUGUGUUGGUGUCUUAUUGUUUGGAAGUUCUGACAAAUUAAUCCCAUAGCAGCCACAACUGGGUGGGUACUUCCAUAAAUAUGUACAUGAUACCACUCGUCACUCCUAUUCUCUUAGUGCCAAAAAGGUUCCUUGGAAACGUCUUCUAGCUUCUGAGGAGUUGGAACACCUUAGCGAUGGUGAAGUCUUUCUCUGGCCUAGACAGGUCUUUCCUCUUGGAUUCAGGUCUACUCUGAAAGAAGGUCAGAUGGAAAGUGAACUACAUGAAGACAGUGGUCAAAGUAGCAUCUAUACUCAGUCAUUGUGUUGUGUUUGGAUACAAUUAACCAAACCUGGCUGGAAGGAAGGAUAGGGAGCGAGAUAGAAGAGGUGAACACUGGACAGACGCAAGCUCACUGUCUUUCUCUCACAUGGUAAUAAGUCAAACUCACACAAUGCCAAGAACAAAAUCUUCCUGGCAGCUCAACUCAACUAUUUGCAGUCCAGCCUCAUAAACCUGUCUGUGCAAUGAUACUGAUAUUUGCUUGUCUGUGAAAGAGAAUGUGGAGGGGAGAGCAGAAGAAAUGCACAAAGCCUCAGACAGCAAUGAAAAGGAGAUGACAGGAGAGGAGGACACAGGAAAUGGAAAUUAAUCGAGGAUGUAGAAAAAGGGAAAUUGCAGACAAGCAGCUAUCUCAGCCAAACUAAACCAACCACCAGGAUGUACAGUACUCUGACACAACAUGCAGCAUUUUUUACUUUAGAGAUGAUGUAGAGGGUACUGAAGUCACUGUAGUUCUGUGUUUUGUGUUUUAGUAUGUAUGUGUUGGCAACAGGUGUAUGUGUGUGUGUGUGUGUGUGUGUGUGUGGUGGUGAAACAAGAGAAACAGCUCAGGAGGACAUGUGGUUGGGUGCUGUCAUCAGUCAGUGAAGGUACACCUUGACUUUCUGACUUUAAGUCUGCUUGUUCUUUGAUAAACACAUGUCACUUUCUGGUGGAAGUGUUCCUAUUUUUGACCUCCAGCUAACCCAGGAAAAGCUAUUAACAUUGUAACACCAUGUCACAUAAGUUAGCAUAGUGCUGGUACUGUCCACUGGCUUGAAUGAGAGAUGCUAACAAAGUCACUUUUGGUUAAUAGUACCUUUAUAAAAGCUUGAUGCGGGACCAUCAUACCACAUAUGGUCUGGCAUUUUUAGGUGAGUGAGCAAGUCAAGAUUGCCUGUCAUCUGAUGUGUUCGUAUUUUUAACAUUCUGCCCUUAAUGUUCAUAACGUUGAUGAACAGGGGGGUAAGCAUUGUGGUAUGGAUGUCCUGGAUCAAGGUUAAGGCAGUACCUAAUGAUGAAACAAGAAAAUGUCAUGUCAUGAGGUGUUUAAAAUCAUAAGCAACAUA